ACAGAGCCAUCCGGGUGUCCUUCCCCCGGACUCCCCAUAAGCCAGAAAUGGAGUCACUGACCUUUGAGGAUGUGGCCGUGAACUUCACCGAGGAGGAGUGGGCUCUGCUGGAUCCAUCUCAGAAGACUCUAUACAAGGAUGUGAUGCUGGAGACUGUGAGGAACCUGAGCGCCGUGGGAAUACAGUGGGAAGGUCAGCACAUUGAAGAUCAGUACAAAACUCUUGGAAGAGACCUAAGGCCUGCGGUAGAGAGAUCUUCAGAAAGAGAAGGACACAGUCCGUGUGAAGGAAGCCGGAUGCCAGAUCUCAGGCUGAGCGAGGAAGAAGAGUCUCUUCACAGUCACGUGGGCACUCACAGCAAACACAGGCCGCCCGAGCGCCGAGAAGACGGUGGGAAGAGGGUUCCCACGAGAGAGACUCGAUAUAAAUGCAAAAGCUGCGGAUCGCUCUUUGUGUCCCUGGCGAACUUUCAGAGGCACAUUAUGACCCACGGGGGACCCAGGCCCUGCGCACCUAAGGGAUGCGGAGAGGCCCUUAAAUCCCCCUCUUCACCCCAGACGCGCGAAGGAGGCCACGAUAAAGACAGGAGUUGCCCACCGGGUGAGGACGCGGGCACUUCCACGCCUCGGGACCGGGAGCGCGCUCCUGGUGGAGAGAGAAGCCACCGGUGCGGGGACUGCGGGAAAGCCUUCAACUGCUCAAGCUCCCUGCGCAGACACGCGAGGACCCACACCCACGAGAGGCCCUUCAGGUGCGAGACGUGCGACAGGGCCUUCGGUCGCCUGAGCUCCCUCCGCGUCCACGCGAAGCUCCACGAGCGGGAGGACGCGUACCGCGAGUGCGGCGAGUGCGGCCAGGCCUUCCUCUCGCUGGCCACCUUCCGGCGGCACAUGGUGGCGCACGCGGGGGCCGGGCCCCCCGAGCGCGCGGCGGCGGCGUGCGGGGAGGCCUUCGUCAGCCAGGCCUCCGUCCGGCUCCACGAGGGGCUGCACGGCGCCGGGGGGCCCUACGAGUGCCGGCGCUGCGGCAAGGCCCUCAGCAGCCCCAACUCGCUGCAGAGGCACGAGCGCACGCACACGGGCGAGCGGCCCUACGCCUGCCGCGAGUGCGGCCGCGCCUUCAGCUGCCCCAGCUCCUUCCAGCGGCACGCGAAGACGCACACGGGCGAGCGGCCGUUCGCCUGCCGCCAGUGCGGCAAGACCUUCACGCGCGCCGCCUACCUGCAGACGCACCUCCGCGUCCACGGCGGGGAGCGGCCCUACGCCUGCGCGCAGUGCGGCAGGACCUUCACCAGCUCCAGCUCCAUCCGCCUGCACCGCAGCACGCACACCGGCGAGCGGCCCUACGCCUGCCGGGAGUGCGGCCGCGCCUUCCGCUGCCGCAGCGCCCUGCAGCGGCACGAGCUCACGCACACCGGCGAGCGGCCCUACGCCUGCGCCCAGUGCGGGAAGGCCUUCAACCGCGCCAGCUCCUUCCAGAGGCACAAGCGGACCCACAGCGGGGAGAAGCCCUACGAGUGCGAGGAGUGCGGGAAGGUCUUCACCAGCUCCAGCUCCAUCCGGGUGCACAGGAGGACGCACACCGGGGAGCGGCCCUACGCCUGCGCCGAGUGCGGCCGCGCCUUCAGCUGCCCCAGCACCCUCCACAAGCACGAGCGGACCCACAGCGGCGAGAAGCCCUACGAGUGCGCGCACUGCGGGAAGACCUUCAGCCGCUCCGGGAACUGCCAGGCCCACAUGAGGUCUCACAGGGAGAAGCCACAGUGA